AUGCCUAUAGGCCCCAAGCCCUCCUACAUUCAGAAAGCCUCUACUCCAACCAUUGCCCUCACAAACAAGAUUCCCUCCGAUAACCGCUUAUUCGUACGAAUCAACCAAAUGCACCCAGCCCGAAGCGCUGGAUCUUUUGCAAUCCUCACAGCCCUAAAGAAAGUCCUCGGACCAAACGCCUCCCUCUUAAGGGAGGUCCAAGAGGUCAAAACAGGCUUCGCUCUCUGCACCAGCUCAACAGCCAAUCUAUUAGCCCUUGAAAAACAGAAAGCCAUUAUAUCAUCCGCAAUCGGAGACUGCAAAAUUGAGGCCCAAGAGAAAUGGACCACUUACCGUCUAAACUACGUCCCCAAGAAAGUCACCAUCUUCAAUGACCAAUUCAAAAUAGACUCCAUCUUAGUUACAAAAGAUACGAUCUCCGAUGCUAUAAAGGAAUACUCUGGUCAGGUGCUUACUCACGCUAUCCAAUCCCAAACGAACCCUUUACCUAAUGAGUAUUACUCAACAUGGAUACACAUCCCUCCUAGUACAAAAACCAAAGAUCACUCAAUGCAAUCGUUGCUUUCAAUGGCACAACGCAAGAACAUGCCUCAAAUCACAAAUCUGCCGCCUAUGCGGUUUGGGAAAGCAUACAGAGAGCAAUCAUACUACCAGUUGUGGCACUGA